AUGCCUCUUCCAAGUGUCUUUAGGAAUAACGACAGUGGCACUUUCGGUUACCACACCGCGCACGUGCGCUGGCCCAUCCUCGUGGGCAAUGCAAUUGACGAUCUUCAGGCUGAGCUGUCCACUUUGGACGCGGGUUCUGAGGCAUACGUCCAGGGCAGGGCCAUCGAAAAGGAGCUUGCUGCGCUCAGGGAAGAAAUCUUAAAUGACGGAGUGAUCCGGCCGUUUUCCGAGGAAGAAGUGCGCGUGGCUGAGAUCCCCGGUAGUUUCAACGAGGUGGUGUCGUCGUAUGCACAGACAUGGCUCACUGGCGGGUGGUUGUUUUGCGAGGUGUACUUGUACCGGCGGAUCAACGUGUUGUUCCGUGCACGCAGUGGGUGGCGCGACUUCGACAUCUUCAACCGCGUAAAGCAGGCCACUUUCCAAUCAUCCACGCUCGGCGUAGUGGAAUUGGCUAAUCGCUACAGGCAAUUGAAGUCGCAAUUGGACUCUGCAAACCCUGAAAGCUUGCAGUUGCUGUUCAAAGAGUUUGUCGACAUUUCGCUGUGGGGUAACGCGACCGAUUUGUCGUUGCUAACCAAUGCGACGUUAGAAGACAUUCAGUCGCUGCAAGGCGCGGAGGCACGUAAGAACUCCGAGGCCAAGAUCCUCGUCAACGACACCGAGCGUGCGUGGGCGCAUUUGCAGAACGCUCAACAGGGCCGUGUAGACUUUGUGCUUGACAAUUCGGGUUUCGAGGUGUAUGCGGACUUGAUGCUGGCGCUGUUCCUGCUGGACACGGGCGUCACGAAAAAAUGCAUUUUCCAUGCCAAAGACAUCCCAUACAUGGUAAGUGACUGUUUAAUCAAAGAUUUCCAUUUGAUGCUGGAAGAUAUGAAAUCCCCGAGUUUUUUCGAUUUGCAAAACCUCCCACAAGGGCGUGGUGCUCUUGACUUCUUGGUUGCAGCGAUCGAAUCCCGAGUGGCUAGCGGGGCCAUUGAAUUUGUACAGGACUCGUUUUGGACCACCGACCUGGAUUACUGGCACCUGGAUCCCUCCGAGACCAAAUAUCACGGUGCUGAAAUUCACGCCGACUUUCGCAACAGUGACUUGGUGAUCUUCAAAGGUGACUUGAAUUACAGAAAGCUCACAGGUGACCGCAAGUGGCCUCGCACCACCAGAUGGGCCACUGCCAUUGGGCCGCUUGCGUCCAACGGUAUAAACACCCUCAGUUUGAGAACUUGCAAAGCAGACGUGGUUGUGGGCUUGGCUCCCGGUGUAGAUGGACAAUUAUGCGAAUUGUGGAAAAGGGAAAGAAAAGACGAACCCCCAUCUUGGUGGGCGUCCAGUGGUAAAUAUGCCGUUAUAUGCUACUGCGAUGGGCAGCAGUGA